UCGAAUUGGGCCAAAAUGGAUUUCCCCCUGCUCCUCCUGACUCUUCUCGUACUUUCGCCACUACUUGCACCUGUCCUCUGUCAGGUGGCCUGCAAUGCGCCGAGUGGGGCUGUCCGCCAGAAGCGUCUGGUUAUUCGCAAUCCGAGUCCGGGAACAAGUGAGCUGGCCAAGUUGGACACUUGCCAGAUUCGCGUGGCGCCGUGGAGCGGCCAGGUGUGUCAGGUGCGCGUCGAUUUCGAGCGUUUGGAGCUGCCGCAGCCGCAGUUGAAUGCCAAUUCGGGACUGCUGGAGUGCGUCGAUUAUCUGCAGAUUCGGCAUUUCCGGCUGUGCGGUCGCAGCAGUGGCCAGCACUUGUAUUUCCCGAUUCGCCGGGGUCAGGAGUUGCUGCUUGUGUUCCGGCUGGCCACAACACUCGGCAAGCAGUCCACCUGGCAGCUGACCCUCACCCAGCUGGAGUGCCCAAGGGAGUUGGGUUCCCAAAAUGUAAGACAACCCCAGGUUCAGUCACCCACAGUGCGACCGAUCCUGCCCUUCUUGGGCAACCUCCUUCCGCGCACCAUUUUCGGGGGGCAAUCUGGAAUCGGUUCGGGUUCUGGACCCGCCGCCCAGCUCAUCCAAUCCCUGACCUCGCCUUCGGUGGCCGAUCUGGAGCUGCUGGCUCCUCUGGGCUGUGAUCAGUACUUCACGACGACGACUGGCGGCAUCGUUAGCUUCAACUUCGCUGGUGGCAUCUAUAUGCCCAACAUGAAAUACUCGAUUUGUGUCAAGGGAGCGGCAGACAGCGAGAUAAGCUACAAGAUCGACCACUUCGAGCUUUCGAAGGCGAACUCAGAGCAGCCAGGACCUGCCUACGACACCGAGUGCCGCAGUACAGUGUUGACCCCGUUGCGUGCAUCAGACUACUUGGGCAUUCCCGAUGCCCAAAUGGUCGGCAGGCCGGGGCUGCAGGCCACGUAUUACUGUGGAAAUGGACUGACCGGUCAGGAGAUCAUCGCCCGUCCUCCGUUCGUCCUGCGGUUUGCCAGUGAUUCGCAGACGAGUGCCUCCGAAACGGGCUUCCAGCUGACCUACACCGUCCGCCGGGCACAGGAUGCGUAUGUCCAAGUGACCGCAGAACUGUAAAUUGGCAUAAAUAAAGCCACUGUCUUAACUAAAUCAACGCACUCAAGUCAACUGGAAUUGACAUUAUUAAAUGCUGCAGUGAUACUCGAACUGUGAGCCAGGACAUUCCAUGGUCACGGAUUUGCCUUAAUUAAAUGCCCGGCUCCGGCAUUAAGUCACAUGUAUAUAUAUGUAAAUAAAUUAUGGAAAGCCCAGUGGC